AUGGCAGACAAGAACUACAUGCUGGGUUUCUUUGAGAAUAGACACGGUCGAAACGAAUAUGGCUUCAUCUACUAUGACGAAUCGGCCGACAACUUGCAAUCGGCAGGGUCAGGAGCGCUAUCGACCGAUGAUGAGUCGCAUAUUAUCAAACAUCCACACGGCAAUGCGACCAAUGACCGGAAACCAAACCCUUUCAUCGCGCUUACGAACUGGUGGCGUAUUGUGUUCGUAUGCUUUUUGCUUGCCUUGUUCAUCAUCAUACUUUACUAUCAUGUUACGCUUGGUCUUCGUACUUCUUUCAAAGACUUCAUGGACAGUCAAACAUUCGGACUCCGUUUCUUCCUUGCUGCGUUGGGUGUCACCAUUAUUUUCUGCUGGGAAUCAAUUUUCAUGAGUAUUGCUAUUGUCAGUCCGUAUUAUCACUUGGGCCGGCGUUCGCAACGACCAGAAUCAUCCAUCCUUUUUACACGCCCCACGAAUGGAUUUUACGGCAUUUACACCGCGAUUAUCAACGGCGACAUAGCGCUGAUGCUGGCAGCUUUCAUGUCCAUAACAGCCGAGUUUCUUCCGAUGCUGUUGGCCAAUGUACCGUACAACCUAACUCAGACGCUCAACUCCCACAACAUCUGCUCGAUUAUUAGUCUGACGAUCUUGGCGCUGAUGAUCGUGGCUGUGGGGGGAAGUUUAUUCAUCAAGUGGCCCGAGAUGCCAGUUGAUCCCCGGAGCAUUGCUGGCGCAAUGUAUUACAUCAACGAAAGCCAAAUGUUGGAUGACUUUGAAGGUCUAUCGCAGCUGUCUUCGGUGGAUAGGAAGAAGAAAGUUGGGGAAUUGGGGCGGAGAUACUUUUACGGCGCUUUGACCGGAAAACAUGGGCGGCGUAUGGGCGUCGACUCGGUGGAGAGCGUCGAAGACACUGUGCAUACCGGGGCGAACUGGCUUCCACCGCAUGAUGAUAGCGGUGACCUUGAUCAAGGGACAUCACCAUAUCGGGCUCCAGCUGCGGUCAGUUUGGGAAGAGGUCCUGGCUCAAGACACAAUAUUCCAUAUCACGAAGAAGGGGAUUGGGUGUGA